AUGUUUGACGAUCGAGACCUGGGCUUCUUUGCAAAUUUUCUGGGGAUCUUUAUAUUUGUAUUGGUAAUAGCAUUUCACUAUGUGAUGGCUGAUCCAAAGUAUGAGGGCAACUAAACCAUCUCCUCCAAUUUUCUUCUCCAUGGAAUGUAUUGGUCGAGGUGAAGACAUUUUUGCAGAUAUUUUAGCAGUUUUAUAAUAAUAACUCUAAGUUAGCACUUUGCCUUUCAAAACAAUGCAAAGAUAUUGUUAGCUCUAAGCUUUUCAUUGCUUAGUUGGUUCUAAGCUUUUUAUCCCUUACCCAUCAUGUUUAUUGAAAUGUAAUAUUUACUUAAUAUCAAUUCUUUUUUUAAACAUAAUUCUAAUUCCUUGCACUUAAAUU